UAAUGUUGUCCAACCUCCUACAUAUAUAAACUUGCGCAUGCGCAAGCAAGUUCACUGUCCCCGGAAAUGGUUACAGUGGAAACGUUCCCCUUAUAUCAGAAGGCAUGUUAUGUAGUUGACCUAACAGCAAACUACAGCCAUCAUGAGCACUUUCAGAUUAUUGUUGAUGUUCUCUAAUAACACGUUCAGGGCUUUUCGAGGCAGCACUGUCAUCAUCUCACCCAAGAGGACAUUGUUCGUCACACGACAUGGUUUAUUCAGACGUGAAGAUGCUCAAGUGCUUCAGUGUAAACUAGGCAGAUUCAGUCGUCAGUCAAGUUCCACUGUCGCUGGAACAGAGAAGAGAGAAGACUCAUUUCUUAAGUGGUUUCUCUUGUUGAUACCUGCCACCACCUUUUGUCUCGGGACGUGGCAGUUGAAACGCAGGAAGUGGAAGUUGGAGCUGAUCCGUGAACUCCAGAGCCUGACAACUUCAGAGCCUAUCCCAUUGCCUGUAGAUCCAAUGGAAAUUAAGGAGCUGGAGUAUAGGCGAGUGAAGGUUCGUGGACGUUUUGAUCACUCUAAAGAGCUGUACGUCCUGCCCCGUUCCCCUGUGGAUCCUGACAGAGAGGCUCGGGAGGCAGGCAGGAUUUCUUCCAGCGGGGAGAGUGGUGCUAAUGUUAUUACACCAUUCUACUGCACUGAUCUGGGGAUCACCAUCUUGGUGAACAGAGGUUAUGUCCCCAAAGAUAAGAUUAGACCAGAAACUAGGAUGAAGGGACAGGUGACUAAGGAAGUGGACCUAGUUGGUGUGGUGCGUUUAACAGAGCAACGGAAACCAUUUGUCCCUCAAAAUUACGUGGAGGCUAACAAGUGGUACUUUCGUGACCUGGAGGCCAUGGCGAAGGUCACUGGCGCUGAGGAGAUCUUCAUUGAUGCUGUGUUUGACAGCACAAUACCUGGUGGACCAAUAGGAGGGCAGACUAGAGUGACUUUGAGGAAUGAACACAUGCAAUAUGUCAUAACAUGGUAUGGACUGUGUGCUGCUACCUCCUACAUGUGGUAUGCAAAGUUCAUCAAACGUAUUGCAUUGUAAAAACUACAGCACUAUGCCCUUAUUUAUGAUGUAUGCUGUAUAGAAAAUCAAAGCUCUUAUACUAAAUUCAGCACUUUUUGUUAUAGACUUUGAUUUGUUUAAUAAAGCCUUUGAGAGAGAACACAAGUAAUUGUCAUAAGAAUUAAUAUAAGCAUUAAUGCUUGCAAAUGUAUAGCACAUUAACGCAUUAUAUGGAUGCAGUGACACCUUCAGGUUAUAAUGCACAGCCUAUAAAGCGAAAAUAUAAAUUUGACCUCUAGGGCUGCAUCUCUCACAUGAAAUGCCUGAAUAACAGUAAGCUGUGCGGUUUCAUGUUUUUCUAGAAGACCUAAAAUGUUUCUAAAACAAAAUAUUUAACUCUGCAUAGUCUGCAUGUCCUCAUCUAAGAAGCAUUAUUCUACUAGGAAAAGGUUUAAAUUAUGGAAAUAGUACAUCUGAAAUGUUAUGGCCACCUUCCAAGAUCC